CCCAGUCUCCUCUGUCUUGCCACGUCCCAUCGCAGCAUUGACAACCGCCUACCCAUCCUACAGGAAGAAGAGCACCAAUAUCGGCUUCUGGAGUAAAUCCUUUGUAGGGCAAACGAUGGGGGCUGGAUUGAGGAUCGAGAGGGACAGCGGGCCGAGCGCCAAGAAGAGGAGAGAAGGGGAGAUCUGCGGCGGCGACCGCGACGAGGAGGAGGAGGACGACGAGGGCGAGUACGAGCAGAUGGUUUCCGUUGGCAGCAACUGCGGCAUCAUCGCUUUGGAGGCGCUGGACUGCACCGUCUGCAACCACCCCCUCCGGCCACCAAUCUUGCAGUGCGCCACUGGGCAUGUGAUUUGUAUGUCCUGCCAUCGCAAGCUCCGGAACAAGGACAGGUGCUACGUGUGCUCCAUUACUGGCGGCUAUCAACGCUGCAUCGUGCUCGAGAAAAUCCUGGAGUCUGUCCAGAUCCCUUGCUCCAAUACCAUGUACGGUUGCACCGUCAAGACACAUUACCUCGAGGGAGCAGAUCAUGACAAGUCGUGCCCAUGUGCACCGUGCUUCUGCCCUGAUCCUAGUUGUCACUUUACUGGCUCAACCGCAGAGCUCCUUGACCAUCUCACCCAUACGGACAACUGGCCGGCAACUGAGUUCGAGUACGGACAGCGUUUUGACCUGCAGAUCCAGGAAGGAAUGCACGUUCUCUACACAAGGGAGGAUGGCACCCUGUUGCUGGUAAAAUUCACGCCGGUGCCGCCUUUCGGCAAUGCUGUCUCCAUCAUGUGUGUUGAUCCUCAUGCCGUGGCGGGGGACCGCAAGUUCAGGUGCCUGGUUGGUUCCAACUGCAGCACCGAUAGUUGGCAUUCAGAUUUCCGUACCAUAAGCACCAAUCUGUCCAACGACUUACCGACGGAGGAUGGCAGCUACUCAUUGGUUGUGCCGACUCUUUCUUGUUACAGCGGCAUCAAUGUCACUAUCUCAAAGGUUACGGUGCUGUAGUCGGGGAGCUCUUCGCCACUCACGCUGACAGGUUGUGUGCUA